AUGUACACCCAUGAAUUUAGCUUAUGUUUGAAAACAAAAUCACACACCAUAGCCACGGGGAUAGUCAACGACAGUCCAAGAGUUACAGUCAACGGCGAGGUUAGAAGCAUUGCACGGGCCCAAAGGAAAUCUGCCAAAAAUGAAAUAGCACAAUUGAAGAUCACGACAAAGAAAACAUAUGGGCUUCUCGGUAGCUCAAAUGUUUCCACUCCCAUUAUAUCCAGUAAAAUGAGCGGAGGCCACAAAAAUAGCAGGUUGAACACUCCCACAAACCCAAAGAACAGUCUCAUGUCAAUCCUGCUAUCGUUCUUUAUUUUCAGCUUCAGCAGGAUUGAGUAG